CCCGGAGUCGGCGGACGCGACGCUCCCCGCAAAGCCGGCGCCAUGGACGAGCCGCCCUUCUGCGAGGCGGCGCUGGAGCAGGCCCUGGCCCCGCCGUGCGAGCUGGACGCCGCGCUGCUCACCGACAUCGAAGACAUGCUGCAGCUCAUCAACAACCAAGACAGUGACUUCCCAGGCCUGUUCGACCCACCCUAUGCAGGAGGUCGGGCAGGUGACGCAGACCCCAGCAGCCCUGAUACCAGUGCCCCUGGCAACUUGUCUCCACCUCCUGCUACCAUGAGAUCCCCCUUUGAAGGCUUGCUGGGGACGGCCAAAGGCACACUCCCACCUCUGUCCCCUUCUCCACAGCCAGCCACCCCAUUGAAGACGUACCCGCCCUCUGGGUCUGCCUUUUCCCCUGGGCCAGGUAUCAAAGAGGAACCGGUGCCACUAACCAUCCUGCAGCCCCCGACCCCACAGCCUGUGCCAGGGACCCUCAUGCCCCAGAACUUUCCUAUCCCAGCACCACCGCAGUUCAGCUCUGCUCCCGUAUUGGGCUAUUCCAGCCCUCCUGCAGGCUUCUCUACAGGGAUCCCUCCAGGGAGCACUCCACAGUCAUUGCCUGGCCUGCCGCUAGCUCCUCUGCCUGGAGCUCCGCCCAUCUCCUUGCAUACCCCAGCUCAGAGUGUGGCCCCCCAGCAGCUGUUGACGGCCACAGCUACCCCCACAGCAGCCCCUGGCACCACUACUGUGACCUCCCAGAUCCAGCAGGUCCCGGUCCUGCUGCAGCCCCACUUCAUUAAGACAGAUUCACUGCUCCUGACCACCAUGAAAACGGACCUGGGGACCACUGUGAAGACAGCAGGUCUCAGCCCCCUGGCUCCUGGCACAGCUGUGCAGACAGGGUCUCUGCAGACCCUGGUGAGUGGAGGCACCAUCCUGGCAACAGUGCCACUCGUCGUGGAUGCUGAAAAGCUGCCUAUCAACCGCCUGAUAGCCAGCGGCAAGACCCUGGGCUCAGCGCAGAGCCGUGGAGAGAAGCGCACAGCCCAUAAUGCCAUUGAGAAACGCUAUCGCUCCUCCAUCAAUGACAAGAUCAUCGAACUCAAGGACCUGGUAGUGGGCACAGAGGCAAAGCUGAAUAAAUCCGCUGUCUUGCGUAAAGCCAUUGACUACAUCCGUUUCCUACAACAGAGCAACCAGAAACUCAAGCAGGAGAACCUGAGUCUGCGCACUGCUGCCCACAGAAGCAAAUCCCUGAAAGAUCUGGUGUCCACUUGUGGCCAUGGAGGGAACACAGAUGUGCCCAUGGAAGGCCUGAAGCCUGAGGUGGUGGACACACUGAGCCCACCCCCCUCAGAUGCUGGCUCCCCGUCCCAGAACAGCCCUCUGUCCUUGGGAGGCAGAAGCAGUGGAAGUGCUGGCAGUGGCAGUGACUCAGAGCCCGAGAGCCCAGUCUUCGAGGACAUUCAGGUGAAAGCAGAGCAAUUUCUGUCCCCACACCGAGGCCUGCUGGACCGCUCGAGGCUGGCCCUGUGCAUGCUCGUCUUCCUCUGUCUCUCCUACAACCCCUUGGCCUCCCUGCUAGGCAGCAGGGGUGUACCCAGCUCCAUGGAAGCCACCAGCAUCUACCAUGGGCCUGGGCGCAUUGUGCUGGGCACUGAGGGUAGAGAUGGCCCUGGCUGGGCCUCCUGGCUGCUGCCCCCUCUGCUCUGGCUGACUAACGCACUAUUCGUGCUGCUCUUCCUGGCGCUGCUCUUUGUCUAUGGGGAGCCCAUCACUCGGCCCCACUCAAGCUCUGCCGUGCACUUCUGGAGGCAUCGCAAGCAGGCUGACCUGGACCUGGCCCGGGGUGACUUUGCCCAGGCUGCCCAACAGCUAUGGCUGGCCUUGCGGGCCCUGGGUCGACCUCUACCCACCUCCCACUUUGACCUGGCCUGUAGCCUGCUCUGGAACCUUAUCCGCCACCUGCUGCAGCGCCUCUGGUUGGGCCGGUGGCUGGCUAGCCAUGCCGGGGGCCUGAAGAGGGACGGCGCUCUGCAGGCAGAUGUCCGUGCCAGUGCCAGGGAUGCAGCCCUUGUUUACCACAAGUUGCACCAGCUGCACACCAUGGGGAAGUAUACAGGUGGGCACCUCGCUGCUGCCAACUUGGCCCUGAGUGCCCUGAACCUGGCAGAGUGUGCCGGGGAUGCCAUGUCCAUAGCCACGUUGGCUGAGAUCUAUGUAGCAGCUGCACUGAGAAUCAAGACCAGUUUCCCCUGGGCCUUGCAUUUUUUGACUCGCUUCUUCCUGAGUAACGCCCGCCAGGUCUGCCUGGCACAAAGUGGAUCAGUGCCUCUGGCCAUGCAGUGGCUCUGCCACCCUGUGGGCCACCGUUUCUUCGUGGAUGGAAACUGGGCUGUGUGCAGUUCCCCACGGGAGAGCCUGUACAGCGAGGCUGGGAACCCAGUGGACCCGCUGGCCCAGGUGACUCAGCUAUUCCGUGAACAUCUCUUGGAGCGAGCACUGAAUUGUGUAGUCCAGCCCAGCCCGAGCCAUGGGUCUGCUGAUGGUGACAGGGAGUUCUCAGAUGCCCUUGGGUACCUGCAGUUGCUGAAUAGCUGUUCUGAUGCUGCUGGUGCCCCUGCCUGCAGCUUCUCUAUCAGCUCUAGCAUGGCAGCCACCACGGGCACAGACCCGGUGGCCAAAUGGUGGGCCUCGCUGACGGCCGUGGUGACUCAUUGGCUGCGGCGGGAUGAGGAAGCGGCUGAGAGGUUGUACCCACUGGUGGAGCAUCUACCCCAUGCCCUACAGGAGUCUGAGAGACCCCUCCCCAAGGCAGCACUGCACUCCUUCAAGGCAGCCCGGGCCCUGCUAGGCCAUGGGAAGGUCGAGUCUGCUUCCGCCAGCCUGGCUGUCUGUGAGAAAGCCAGCGGGUACCUUCAGGACAGCCUGGCCACCACCGCAGCCAGCAGCUCCAUUGACAAGGCCAUGCAGCUGCUUCUGUGUGACCUGCUGCUGAUGGCACGGACUAGCCUAUGGCAGCGGCAGCAGCCGCCCCCCGCAGCUCAGGCCUCGCAGGGCCCCAGCGGAGGAAGUGGGCCUCAGGCCUCUGUUCUGGAGCUUCGGGGCUUCCAGAGGGAUCUGAGUGGCCUGAGGCGUCUGGCUCAAGGCUUCCGGCCUGCCAUGCGUAGGGUAUUCCUACACGAGGCCACUGCCCGGCUGAUGGCCGGGGCCAGCCCCACACGGACACACCAGCUCCUGGACCGCAGUCUGAGGAGGAGGGCAGGCCCCUGCAGCAAGGGAGGCGCAGUGGCGACAGAUCUGGAGCCCCGACCCACGAGGCGCGAGCACGCUGAGGCACUGCUGCUGGCCUCCUGCUACCUGCCCCCCGGCUUCCUGUCGGCCCCGGGACAGCGGGUGGGCAUGCUGGCCGAGGCUGCCCGCACGCUGGAGAAGCUCGGCGACCACCGGCUGCUGCACGACUGCCAGCAGAUGCUCCUGCGCCUGGGUGGCGGGACGACUGUCACCUCCAGCUAGACCCUCUCGGGCUGCCCCAGCCCUGCAGCUGAAGUGGAGCAAAUCGGCUUGUUUCAGCCUGAUUCAGCCAGUUUCUGGGGUUAGUUAGAGCCUUAUGUGCUCAAGGCAGUGUCUGAAACGCUGGUGUCCACAGUUCACCCACGUAUUCCCUGGGUACCUCACGGUGGCUUUUGUCUCCUGACUUGGGAGGCACCGCCGCCGGCCCGACCCCGACCCCCAACGCCCACCCCAUCUGCUGCGGGGCUGCGUCCAGGAUGGUGCUGACAUCUGGUGGCCGGUAGGGUGAUUGCGAAUGCGCGGCCUGCAAGUUGUCACCUUUGCAGCACCCAGUGACUUUCCCCUCUCCUAUCUAGGGAGCAGAGAAAGGGACAUUUACCAAUCUGAGAGAGAGGUCCACUUGGCUAGUCCAUCCAUGAGGGUUCCUACUCCAAGGCGCCUCCUUCCCUCUGAGGAACGCUUGUACAUAGUGUAGAUGUGCACCAGCCUCCUGAUCCUUGAGGCUCGAGUGCUCCUUUGCCUUUUGCAAACUUUAUUUUCAUAGGUUGAGACGUUUUGUACAGAGAAUAAAAGUUGAAGUUAUUUAUAA